UUAAACCUGGAUUUCCCGUUUCAAAUCUUUUAAUGCUUUAAUAUCGCAAAAUCGUAAAGCAUGUAUGUAUGAAAGUUUUUUGGAGGCAAAAGUUUAAAAAUUGAUGAUGUAAGAUGGGACAUUCGAAACAUUAGCAACUGUAAAAUAGGUUGCAGUGUCCGAAACUUGGACAUGAUUCACAUGAAGAUACGAUGUAAAUAUGAUGUAUAUAUUUGCAGUGUGCAUAUUUUGGACAGUUUUUUAGAGCAAUAACGGAGAUGACUAAAGCUUGAAAGGGCUUCUGUUGUUAAUGGAGAGUAUUUUGCAGUCAUUUUAACAAUGGCCACAGUCGAAGGCAAUGAAUUUAUGCUAGAUCGUCGUAGGUAUAGUAUUUCGGAGACAAAUGAGCAAUCUAGCGAUUCGUAUCAUCUUAUACCGUAUGGGUUUCAACCAAAAGCGUGCUAUAAACCGAAAGCAAAGAGAAAGGAAAUCACAGGAGUUACCUAUAAUUCAAGGAGUCGUCAAUUUAUAAUUCUUGAUUCAAAAGGAAUCACUGCUUGGUCACAUAACAGUGUAAUAAAUGCAGUUUCACGUUUAUUAGAUUAUCCUUCAUAUCAAUUCAAUUUGAUCCAACUUCUUCUACAUUCUAAGAAAUUUAAUGUGUACUUUGGCCUUUCAAAAGAUUAUGCACUGAAGGUGUUUAACCUAAACUUCCAUGAAGUGUUUUCUGUGAUUUCUGACAUGAACUCUGUGUUAUGCAUGGUGUUCAACUCUGUUACUGAUGAGCUUAUUACUGGUGGAACGGGUGGUAUUAAGUUUUGGACGUUUGGAGAAAUACAAUCUGAGGACCGUUCUAUGGCAAGAGAUUCAAGACCAAUGGCUAAUUAUGGACUCAUUUUGAGGCGUGAACAUCCUGCUGUUAAUGGUACCAUGGUAAAAGAUAUUAUCUUAGAUGAGAAGAAUCAGCGAUUGUACUGUUUAUCUGAAAGAAAUGUUGUUGCUUAUGAGCUCAAGGGAAACUUCUUGUUUGAACUGAAAAGUGCUCAUGACGGACAAGUGACAGGUUGUGUGUACUCCAAGUUUUCAAACUUUGUUGUUACUGCUGGAACUGACUGUGCAGUCAAUGUCUGGAGUUCAAAUGGUGGAUGCCUUCACUCAUUUCGUUCUCAUUCAAAGAUGGUCACAAAUCUUUUGCUACAUCCUGAAGCGCCAUCUUUGGUUAUCACGUCUUCGCAAGAUGGGACUGUCAAAGUAUUCUCGUUGGAUAUUAUGGAAGAAAUAUACAGUCAGGUUGUGUUUCCAGAAGGCAUUGAAUGGAUGAACUUCAUAUCGCAAGAUAUCCUCUACUGCUCUACAGGCAAAGCUUUGCAAGUCUUUUCUAUUAAUCAUGUGACAAAUUUCUGGACUACAGUGCGAUGUCCAGUGAGUUCAUUAUCGCUGACUAAUGCUUCACAAGGCAAUGGAGAAAAGGUCCUCGUUAUCGCCGACGAUUACAGCGCAAGAAUUCUGUCCAAAGGCGGUCGUCUUCUCUCGACUGUUCUUCCUCCGCCUCCUGUACCUGCAAGUCAGCAGUCUCAGCAUUGUUCUGGACAUGCGUUCUGUCCUAUUUACAAUCUGAUGUACCUUUUGGUGAACCAAGAGGAGAUCUGGGUCUACUAUACCAAGUCCAAUCCAGCCAAUCGAGUUGAAGUUUGGAAACUCUCAGACGUUCAAGACAUUUCAAAUAGCCGAGUGAACAGCAGUCGUAACGAUAAUAAUAAAUCUUGGACACCAGUAUCUUCGAGGGCACCAAGUUCUCCAUUCGUUCCACCAGGGAAGGUCGUUGAUGGUGUCGCAUGCCUUUCACUGGGAUUUUUACAUUCAACUGUAAAUUUGAAAAACAAGUCAGGAGAAACCUAUCCUGAUCUCACGUACUACCUCGUCGCGGGCUUACAGGAUGGUCGGUUAUUAUUUACAAGUCCUUUCUCGGCUGUGAUUUUGUAUUUCCAAUUCCAGGCAACCAAAGGAGCUGUUUUAUCAAUCCAUCAUGACGUCACCACUAAUGUGCUGCUUCUCAAGACUGUGGCAUUAGAUAAAUACACAAUUCAAAUCAGAAGUCUGCCUGAUCUCAAUAUGAAGCAUAGUAUCGAGGCUGGAAACGAUCUAACUUGUUAUGUGCGAAUGGCUGAUAUACUUUUGUCAGGUCACAAAACUGGUCGUCUUAAUUUAUAUCGCUUGGACUCUGAACAAGGGACAUUGGACGUGGAAACGAAGACAGUUGAUUGUCAGAAAGUAUCAAAAGAUCAUCUCGAUUCUGUCUUUACUGUGGAUGCUAACGAUAACUUGCAGCUUUUCUGUAGUUCCAGCAAGGAUGGUUGUAUAAAAAUAUGGAAUAAUAACAAAGUUCUACUUCGUGAAAUCAUCAUGGAUAAAACGUUAACUUCAGUCUGUUUUUUGAACUUAUCCGGAGAUCUUCUCGCAGGUUUCAAAAAUCACGUUUUCUUCAUCAGUCGAGAAAAAGCACACUUGACGUCAUACAACAGCACAAAUUCAAGACGAACGAGUGAAAUAUAUGAAACAGGUUCAGAUAUUUACGAAGAUCCACGAGUCCGGUUUGAAUAUAAAAAAGUCAUUCCUCCGGAUCCUAUUCAUAUGGAAACGUAUUUGGUACCGUUUGCGAACAUGAAUCUUAAUCUUGCACGCUUCUUAUCUGGUCAAGUUCAGCCAAAUGCGUUGGAGGAUGAUAUUGAGAGUGAAAUUAAGGGGACUGAAAGUGAGCUCUCAGAUUCCUUCUCAGUUGCCCCAACCGAGAUCUACAUGUCACAAAGUGGAACUCCGCGCUCAAGGUCAAGGUCAUCAUCUAUAGUCAGUUCUUGGAAUUUACCAAAUAUAGGCUCCUCACCAGUUUCCUCUCCACCUCGGACUCCCCCGCCAUUUAUGAGCCCAGUUUUUGAACUGGAAGUGGAAGAUGAGGCAAUCGAGUCAGAUGGUGAAGGAUCAGAGAGUGAGCGAGUAAAAUAUUUCAUCAGAAGCAACGAGUCAGAAAAAACACAGACGGAAAAGAAAUCUUUUAAAGCAAUCCCUGUUUUCACUCGAAAAAAACGACCUGGGCUAUCAGAGCGGAAGAUUGAUUCACGAGCGUUGCAGUCGAGGCAAAACGUCACGAAUAAUAGCGACAAUGUCCGAACUAAACGCGAGAAUGCAACGACCGGAGAGAUAACGGAUCAAAAGACGGCCAAUUCAACUACUUCCCCCCGUCCUACACGUACUGUCGUAAAGAAGGUAAAGAAGAAAACUGAAAAAUCUCAAAGAAAACUAAUGAACUCUCAGCAAACGUUUUCUGAAGACAACAUGACUGAAAAAGUCGACCAAGAAGAAAACAGUCUUGAAGCGAAUAAUAAUAGUGAGGAAUGUGAGGUAGGAAUGGGUGAAGAGAAGAUGGUGAAACAGGACAUGAAUUCGGCGAUGAAUGUUCAUGAAAAGGUUGACAUUGACCGCACUAAAGACGAAACUCAAUCUUUACAUACGCAGAAAGGUGAAAGCAUUUCUGACCAGAAAAAUAUUUUGUCAAAAAGCCCGGCGAAUGAUUUGAUGAUUAACGACGGGAAAUUGCAUGAAAAUGUUCUCGAGGAGACUUUGGGUGGAGAAAUGAUAGAAGAUAAGUUUGAACAAGACGAGAGUUUUGAUAUACCCAGUCCAAAGAAAACCAGGAGUGAUGUCCAUGUUAAUGAUAUUGAUUAUGUUCAUGAUCAUGAUGAUAUUGAUAAUAACAAUAUUGAUGAUGAUGAGGAUAAUGAAAAUGAUAAUAAAAGUGAUGAAGAGAGAAUGGUAUUCCAAGCUACCGGGCUUUCGUCACCCAGGGUUCCAUCUAGGGAAAGUUCAUUAAGCAAUACCAUGAGCAACCUUGAGCAUCAAGAAACAUGUGACCAACUUGGGUUACCUAGCAACGACACUGACUUCAACGAAAAUAUGGAACGCUUAAAUUUACCUAAAGAAGACUCGUGGUUCUUGAGAGAACAUCCAACUAAAAACACAGAUUUAAGUGAUGACGAGGAUAAUACUGAAGAAACAAGAAACGAAAAUCUUGAUGAAGUGACAUCAAGGAAUGUUUCAUUUAUUCUUAGUAAAGCUAAUGGCAAAGAGGAAACAUCCCAGGAAAUUAUAUCUUCGAGAUCGUUGCGUCGACGAAAAAUAUCCGGUCGGCGUUCCGUCUCCCCAGUAAGUUCUACGAAGGUUGUCCCCAUACUAAACUCUUCAUCGAACGAGGACACACGUGGAGAGCGGCUUCACCCAAAUUCUGCCCUUAAAAUUUACGCUUUGGCUAAAACACGCCGGCGAACAAUCAGCGGCCGAUCCCUAGUUUCCAAGCCUAACAUGAAACAACAUAUUUUGAUGAAGCAUAACACAAGUCAAGCGUCCAUUAUGGAUAAUGGUGGGAUAUCGAGGACGUUUGUCGAUAUACUAGGCUAUAAUAAGACACCGAAGACUGUUGUGGAUACACAUGUUAAUGAGGUGAUAACAGAGACUGUGAAGAAUAAAGACACGAAAAAAGAGAAAAAAGAUUUGGUCAACUGGUGUAUGCGGGCGCUAAGUGAGAAAGCCAAAUAUCCGAUAUUUUCUCCCAAGCCUAGAUUAAGAUCUCGAAGAUCAUUAUUGAAAGAUGAAGGUAAAUUAUCCAGUGCUGUUCCACCGACAAUGAUGCUUCAGCAUCCAAAUACCCAGCAAAGCGGAGUCGAGGACGACAUUCUUCGAGCCACAGAAAGGAGGAAAAAUAAACCCAAAAGGCAGAAUAUUUUUAAAGCUGACGAUAAUGUCGAGGAAAAGCGUCAGAGUUCCUUCGUUGAGAGAAAGCUACUUCACAGGGGAAUGUCAGAACAUGCUAAUGGAAAUGUAUUGGAUUAUAGCGAUGGUUGGCAGGAAAGAAUCUUGGAGAAAGCCAAAGAAGUAAAAGCAAAGCAUUUGGAACGAAAGCGAAAAGUUUUGGAGAAACGAGUUUUCGAUGAGAAAACAUUGGAGGAGAAGCGGUGUGUAUUGCAGAUGUAUGGAUCAACAGGAACUGACAGGGGUAAAAGCGAUAAACCCGAGGGGAUAAAUAAGGAUAUCAACGCAUCUUUGUUUCAACCAAACAGUUGUAUCAGUAAGGGGCUUUAUAUGGAAAGACUUGAAUCUCCGAGGAUCAGUAUAAAUAGGCUUCGAAGGAUUGAGGGGGACACUACGUAUGGAUCACCGAGGAUCACCAUAGAUAAGGAUAGUUCCAGCCAUGAGAGUAAGGAGCUAUGUCUGGAGAUCAAGGAAAGGCAUAAAUUUCGUGGAACUAAGAAGGAUCAAGCAGAGUUAUCAGAAAGGGUUCAUUCAGAUGACCCCGGAUACGAAGAAAUUCAAUCUGAUGGAAAAGAUUUAAAACACGUAAGGUCGAGCUAUGAACAUUUUAAAAGCAAUCCUGUUAUUAUUCAACCCUAUCGUUUAGAAAAAUAUAAUUCUCAAAAGGAUGAGUUAUUGCUUCACGAACUUAACCUGGAUUUUGAAUCUGCGAAAUUACCCGACCAUCUGCUAGAACUCAUUCCCAGACCCAAAUCUGCGCCAUCGAUUCCUAGCAAGUGUAGAAAGUACGUACUUGUUUCCAACGAUUCCGAGAAAACGCAGGACAAGCCAGAACCGACCGCGCUGGAAGAAACUUUGUUAUUGCAACGAUUUCCUAAGUCUAAUUUAGACAAGCUAAGAGGCUCUUCUCCGCUGGUCCAUGAGGUACGACGAUCGCACACGCUUCAGAGAAUGCAGAAAAUAAAUAUGUCUAGCUUGUAA